UGUGUAUUUGGUUCCUACCCGAACAAACAAAGCGGAAUUCGAGAAAUUUCCUCUCGGGCGCGUCGCUUGGUUCUUCUUUGAGCCGCCCGUCCGUCCUUUCAUAACAUCCCCAGUUUAACAAGCGGAAACUAUGUUCAUUUUGUAUUUCUGGAACAUUUUCUAACUCCGGCGUAUUCUGCCAUUGCGCAACAGUGGAAGGCACGUUCGCGAAUAGCAACCGGCUUAGCUUACGUAUAUUUAGCUUAGUUUAGCUUGACGAGGCUGGGCUGAGAUGCCAAGCGGCUUUUACUGCCACCUUCACGGCCGUAAAAAACAUUUUGUAGCCGCCGAUGUCAACGUCACUUUUACGGCUUUCUGCUGUUGCUGCUGUUGUGGAGCGACCAUGAAGACGUGUUGAGUCCAGCUUAGUUUAGCUGCUAGGCCAGCUCUUCCUUCCACAUUCACUUCCUCCUUCCUCGUCCUGCUUUUGUGCCCCACGUCCACACGAAGCUGUUGAGGAGUAUGAGCGCCAUGCGCGUGGACGCCAAGGUGGUGAUGCUGGGCAAGGAGAGCGUGGGCAAGACCAGCCUUGUGGAGCGAUACGUCCAUCACCGCUUCCUGGUCGGACCCUAUCAGAACACUAUCGGUGCCGCCUUUGUGGCCAAACCAAUCCAGGUGGGAUACAAAGUGAUCACUUUGGGAAUAUGGGAUACGGCCGGUUCGGAACGCUAUGAAGCCAUGAGCAGAAUCUAUUACAGAGGAGCCCGGGCGGCCGUCGUCUGCUACGAUCUGACGGACAGCAGCAGUUUCCAGCGAGCUCGUUUUUGGGUGAAAGAACUGCAAAACUGCGAGGAGCAAUGUAAGAUCUACCUGUGCGGUACCAAGAGCGACCUGAUCCAAGGAGACCGGAGUCUGCGUCAGAUCGACUACCAUGACACUCAGGACUUUGCUGAAGAGAUUGGCGCGCAGCAUUUUGAGACCUCAAGUAAAACAGGAAGCAACGUGGAUGAGCUGUUCCAGAAAGUGGCCGAGGACUACAACAAUGCCACUUUCCAGUACAUGACAGCAGAGGAAACGGGAGUGAACCUUGGCCAGAAGAAAGAGUCGUACUUCUACUCAUGCUGCCACAGCAACUGACGCUGGACCGAAAGGAAGACGUGUGCCGGAUCAGGAGCACGAAUCCUAAGGAAAAAGAACAUAAAAAAAGAAGAAGAGUUUUUCUUUUGUGCCAUGACCAUAGCGAACUUUUUGGAGGAGUCUCUGCUGGGUGGAGGUUUGAAUUUAAGAACAAACAUUUCAUCUAGAAGGGGAUCUUCUCUAAAGCUGUGCUGGUUGGAGACAAGACAACUGAGCUGCUGUGACUCAUUUGAUGAGUUUUUUUUUGGGGAGGGUUAUGCAUAUUUCCCCCACAGCAAGUGUUUUAAUAAGGUCAGUGACAUGGUUCCACCAAAAUACCCCAAGGAUCAAGAAUUAGAGCAUAUGUUACACUAAAAUCUGCCUGUUUCGAGGGGGCGGCCCUGUCUCAUGUAAGCAAGCCAUCGCAUACUCCUGGGCCUUUGGCAAGGACUGAUUUUGUUACCGUAACAACUCGGGAGUUUCCAAAACUAAGGCAAAAUGCAAGCCCCCCUCAAAUGGAUUCUGGUCUCUGCGGAUCUACCAAAAGUCCGUGCAGCUCUCCUUACCUUUUGGCUUUUUCUGUAGUGUUUCCACCCCUUCAGUGUCCAGUAAAGGCUGCACAUGAAUGGUGGUUGCACUAAAGGCCACCACUGGCUAAUGAAACCCGGAUUGUGGUCUCUACUUCCUGUGUCUCAGCAUCACAUGAUUUCGGUCCUCAACUUGCAGAGCCUGAGCUGCCUGAAUGAAAAAGUGACUGACUUUUCUACUUUUUUUGACACUCAUUUUUCAAUUUUUUUUCUCUUGCCUUUUUGCGCUUGUAUCCUCUAUUGGGAAAAUUUGUCAACAUACGGGAAGAAGACAUCUCAAUGGCAUACUGACAUGAAGUGACCUCAGAUAUUGACAGCGUUGUUUGACAUUUAGCCAUCAUUUGUUUGCGCACUUAUUUAUUGCCUUUUCAAAUCAUGGUGCCAAAUAAUGCUUAAAACUGCUUGAAUCUUUUUUUUUUUUCGUUACAAAUACACGUCAAAGUGUUGAAACAAUAAUAGACCCUGAGGAAUUACAAGCUCCAGAAAAUGUUGUGUAUAAUGUGCAUAUUUAUAGAUCAUGAAUGUGGCCUAAAGUACAAAAUGAUACCGUGCUGCUUUGUAUCAAAAUAAUUUUGUUGGUUUUAAACAUCCACCCUGUCUGUUUCAUAAACUGUGAAAUAAAUGUUUGUGCAUGGAAACAAGAAGAAAAAAUAACAGAUGUUGUAAAAUCCCUCAAAACCCACAAAAUGUCCACACUGACUGAGUGAGUGUCCUUGACAGGAAAUUACAUUUUUGAGGGUAGAGCUAUGUUUGUGGUGCAUUCAGAGCCACUUAGCUUUUUUUUAAAAAAAAAAAAAUUCAUAUAAAAUCUUCCCAAAAAUAUUCGUUACUUUUCUACUUGCUUGUUUUAAUCGACUAUUUUUUCUGUAUUUUUAGAUUUAAAAGUUAUAAGAUGUCUUCAUUUUUGACAGUCUAUUAUGUCGUGUACACUAUUAUCACACAAAACAAACAUGGUAACAUUAAAAUGGAAAUUUGCCACUUCCAGAUCUACUUUUUAUUUUGGCUUCAUGUUUGGGCAGGAAAGGAAAAAAAAAUGAGGCCAGUACAAAGUGCUUAUUUUACAACAUAUAUAUAUAUAUAUAUAUAUAUAUAUAUAUAUAUGUAUAUAUAUAUAUAUUUAUAUUUACUGUAUAUUUAUGUGGAUUUUCGUGUAUGGAUGGUGGCGAGAUGAAACCGGCUGGAAUGAGAUGUGUUAAUAUGGGGCGACCAAUCCAUUCCUUAAAAAGUAGCUCCAGGGAGAAGACACUUUAAAGCAGAUUACACACACGUAACAAUUUAGUCUUGAAGACAACACAUACACUCUCACACUGAAGCAUCAUGGCGGCGGUUGUUGUGCGUCACAUUUACAGUAAUAUAAAUAAAUGACUACGGCGUACACACUGCAACCUAGUGCGAUCUCUGCUGUGUUUCAGUGUUAAGACUUUUUUUUUUUUUGCCCCCCUCUUAAAAACAUCUUUCUGGAAUUCUCGUCUGGACAAAAGUACUGGGACACAGGAAGUCCCCAAAACUGGAAUUUGGAAGCACACAAACUGUUCAAAAAGUCUUAAGAUGAACAACAGAGGGAGAACUAAAGGUGGGGGGUAGAGAGUGGUUAACAUGUCUGCCUCACAGUCGACAUGUUCUGGGUUUAAACCUCAGCUCAACCCCAGUGGGGUUUCUCCCAAAACAUGAUUAUUAGUGUCACUGAAGAUGACAUUUUUUUCCACUGGUGUGAACGCUUUUUUUGUCUACACUCACUGAAAACAAUUAUUAAGACCACUCCUUGUUUGUUCAAUUUCUUGUUCAUUUUACUGCCUGGGACCACUAAAAGUUAUUACCCGAAGAAUACAAUGAACGUGACAAAAAUGCAGCUGAUUCCAAAAUACAUAAAACCAUGUAUAUCAGCUGUUAAAAUUCAACUCUUCUGAGCCAUUUUUGUCAGCAUCAUUAUGUUUGUCCAAACAAGUGUACCUUGAGUUGUACCAGGCAUUAAAAAGCAAACAGACCAUGACCAUAUGUAUCCCACUUCUCUUGCCAAAAGUCAUCGGAGAGAGGCUCCAGCUCACCCUUGACCCUAAUAAUGAAAAGCACAAAAGGGAUGAUUGGAAUUAAAAGGGGUCUGGUCCAACCAGUCAACAAUAAAUUAAGGGAUGUGUCCCAUUACCUUUGUCCAUAAGUUGUAUUUUUUUC